GGACAUCUCCUCCCCUUUUCUUCUAUUAGCGGAGGCAUGAAGCGGGGGUACGAAGGAACCCCCUCUACUUCCUUCGGGCCGCCCAAAUCCAAGCUCAGAUACGAUUCCUACGACGGAUCGCGGGCUUCGGAGGACGAGAGCUUCGAUAAUGCGCGCAGGGUGGCCGAUCAUUACAGUGCGAGGUCGAAUCAGACGCUGGAGGAGCGGGAGGCUAGCCCCAUCAUCCACUUGAAGAAGCUCAACAAUUGGAUAAAAAGCGUACUCAUUCAGCUGUAUGCUCACCCAAAAGAUGCUGUGCUCGAUAUUGCUUGUGGGAAGGGUGGUGACUUGAUCAAAUGGGACAAGGCAAGAAUUGGAUAUUACGUGGGCGUGGAUAUAGCAGAAGGCUCGAUAAAAGACUGUCGGACUCGCUAUAAUGGAGACUCAGACCAGCAACAACGCAGGAAGAAGUUCAGUUUCCCUGCACGCCUUAUUUGUGCUGACUUUUAUGAAGUUCGUUUGGACAAGUAUUUGCAUGAUGAUGCACCAUUUGAUGUUUGCAGCUGUCAGUUUGCUUUACACUAUUCAUGGUCAACUGAAGCGCGUGCAAGGCAAGCCUUGGCAAAUGUAUCUGCAUUGCUUCAGCCUGGAGGCACAUUUAUUGGGACAAUGCCUGAUGCAAAUGUCAUUAUCAAAAGGCUUAGGGAAGCUGAAGGAUUAGAAUUUGGGAACAGUGUUUAUUGGAUAUGCUUUGAUGAAGAAUAUUCUUCCAAGAAGUUCAAGUCAUCCAGCCCUUUUGGAAUCAAGUACAAGUUUCAUCUAGAGGAUGCUGUUGAUUGUCCUGAGUGGAUUGUGCCAUUUCAUGUCUUCAAAUCCUUAGCACAGGAGUAUGAUCUGGAGCUCGUAUUUGUAAAAAACUCACAUGAGUUUGUUAACGAGUACUUACGGAGGCCCGAGUUUACAGAUCUCAUGCGGAGACUUGGUGCUCUAGGUGAUGGAAAUCAGGAUCAAAGUAAGCUCUUUUGUUCGAUGACCUUGUCGGUCCCCCUGAUGAUGAUGAUGAUGGCACUCACCCAAGUGUCGAAAAAUGCAGGCACACUAUCUCAGGACGAGUGGGAUGUAGCUUACCUUUAUUUGGCAUUCGUGUUGAGGAAGAGAGGUCAACCUAAUUUAAGUGGGAGGAACAACAACACAAAUAGAGGAAAGAUGUUCUUAUCAGAGGAUGACGUUGAGUUCAUUGGUGGCUCACAUGAUCCCUAAGUUUCUUUUGGCAGAUGGGGGACAUAACAAGACUCUGGUACACUCUCGCUAUCAUACAAAGAAAGUGGAAUAUACAUACAUGAUGAUGGUAUUCAUGGAUCUAACAGUAAUAAGGCAAGCUGGUUAUGAUUUGAACCGGACGAGAGUUGAGCUAAAAUUUGUUUUCUAGUGUAACUCACCGAGAUAAACUGAUUAAAGAAUUCACUUUCUUAAUGUAACAAUUAUUGUAUAUUUAAAAAUAGUUAUAGCUUAAGUAACCAAUCGCCUGUUUAUUUUGCUAUAACUGAAAAAUUAGCAGCUUAGAGAUUCA